ACAGGACGUUACUUCGAGUUAGGACGUCUCGGUUAUAAACAGUCUCUGGAUCUUUGGUAGUUAGUUCAGUUUGCGAUUGAAAAAAUGGCUUUCCUAAUGAAAUUUUGUACAUUAAUCGUCAAUGUGUUAUGCUUGCCCCUUCAUCUGAUCGAAGCUGUCGGUCUGUAUGAAAUAUACAAACGUGUCUUCCCAUUUUGUUUAUACCGUUUUUCUAAAACGUACAACAAGAAAAUGUACGACAAGAAGAAGGAGCUGUUUCGCAGUCUCCCCGAGUUCAACAAGCCUGGCGGGCAGCUCACAAUUUUGGAGAUCGGCUGCGGCACCGGUGCAAAUUUUGAGUUUUAUCCGCCUGGUUGCAAGGUGAUCUGCACUGACCCGAACCCUCAUUUUCAGAAAUAUCUGAAGAAAAAUAUCGGCGAGAAUGACCACCUCACCUUUGAGAGAUUUGUGGUGGCAUCGGGGGAGGACAUGGGGUCAGUUGAGAGCGAAUCGGUAGACGUUGUUGUCUGCACCCUGGUGCUCUGCUCUGUCAACAACAUAACCCAAACUCUGCGAGAGGCACGUCGCAUACUGAGACCAGGUGGAGCCUUCUUUUUUCUAGAGCAUGUUGUUGCAGAUCCAUCAACUUGGGCAUACUUCUUCCAGCAUGUUCUGCAGCCUCCAUGGUACUAUUUUGGUGAUGGAUGUGAGGUCACCCGGGAAACAUGGAAACAUGUGGAGGCAGCUGGAUUCUCUGAACUCAAACUGAGACACAUCGAAGCACCACUUAUGUUCAUAAUCAAACCACACAUCAUGGGUUAUGCUGUAAAAUAGAUUCUGUCUCAUAAACUUUGUCGUAAGCUUGCCUCACAACUAGAGCAUGAAUAUGGCAAGCAGUUAAUGCCUCUCCUUGUAAUAUGAUUGAACACCAGUGAUUCAGCCAGUCAAUUUAAUACUAAUUUUAUUUUUGUAUUAAAAAAACGUUGGUCUUUGUGUUUUGUAAAGACACACUGACACCUUGAUUAAAACCAUGACAUAGACAGCACACAAUAACAACUUUGUAUGCAGUUUAAGUGAAAAACAUGUUUAAUCUUCUAAUUGUCAUUUCCCUUCUCCAAGUUUUUGCUGAUAAAUCAAUAUGAUACUGCCAUAGGGAAUCUCUGCCGUCAGUAUUUAUGUGCUGCUGCUAAAUUCAUUUCAUUGCUGUGACAGUUGUGUUACUAAAAAAUAUAUGUUAUUAA